AACACAGGCUUGAGGUUUUAAUGGCGAAGGGUUAAUACCGCGGAUUUACCUCGACUAUUUAAAAGCCUUUCCUCCAAGUUGCGUCAAAUACAGAUCAGAUUGGCGGCGAGCAGACGGGAUAAUUCAACACGGAUUCGCCCGCUGUAAGGAGGACUUUUGUGAGCUGCUCAGCUCGAUGGCGGCUGCAGAGGUGGAGCAUGAUGUUGUGAGGGAACAGGAGCAGAUCCUAAACGCCAUGAGUUCAUCACAGCGAGGGCGGAUAGAAGACCAAGGUCCCACUAAAACCACACCUAAAGAGUCGGGCCAUAACUCGGACCACCACAUGCAACCACGAACUUUUGCGGAUCAGCAGGAGGCGAGAGGUUUCACACAUCACGGCUCGGCGCCUCAGAUCUCGCUGACCGAGAGCACCCCGGAUAUGAAUAGGAAGCUGCUCUUGUUGCCAGGCAACCAACUCCAUGUCCCCGGGGAGGAAGCCCACACCAACACCAUCAUUGCCCAGUCCCCCGAGGACGAGCAGAAGUUGAUGAACCUCAUCAGUCACGGGCAACGUGGACGCAUGGAGGACCAGUGCUGCUUCAUGGAUCCCAGUCAGAGUGCCCCCUGCACCCCCAGGCACACUAGCAGGAAGCCUCUUUCUGAGCCAUGCAACACAGAUUCCGACAAGUUGUUCAACUUAUUGCCCAACACUCAAAGUCACCGCCUUGAUGACCAGCGAGUGUCUCUCCCGUCGCUUCCUGGCAUCGACACCAAGGAUCAGCCGUCGGCCUCAGAUUCAAGCUACCUGUGCUACAUGGUCUCCAAAGUUCAGGGCACCAGAAUGGAAGAUCAAAGGUGCUCCUUCCCUGGAAGCCAGUCUGCAGCAUCAUCCAAGAAGGAUCAAGCUGCUUCAGGCAUUCCACGCUCGGCCUCCUUCAGUCCGGGUUCAGACGCAGAACGCCCUCACAUCCAAGUUAAGACGUUCCCCAAAAAGGAGCUGAUUCCAGCUGAGCAGGAAGGUUUUCUCACCAUGAUGCGUCACGCCCAGCGGGGGAGGAUGGAGGAGCAGAGGUGUGUCCUGAACGUCAGUCCACAGUUGACACCAGAGCAUAAGCCCACCCGAAGCACUGUACCCACAGGACCAGAUUCCGACCAGUUCUUCAAAAUGCUGGCCAACUCCCAAGCCAAACGUCUGGAUGAUCAGCGUGCGUGUCUUCGACCUCUGCCGGGGAUCCAGAACGAAGGCACCUCCGUUGCUGUAGGAGCGGACACAAGUUAUUUGUGUUACAUGGUCUCCAAAGUUCAGGGCUCCCGGCUUGACGAUCAGAGAUGUUCUGCACCUCAUAUCCUUAAAAACUUGUGCACCCCAACCUCCCAGCGCAAGGCCUGCAACACUUCUAAAGAACCUGAUAAAACUGGCCCCCCAAACCAGGACAAAAAGGAUCAGCAGCCGCAGAUCUCUCUGUCCAAUCAGCUGCAAUUUAGUCAAAUGUUAAGUCACGCUCAGAAGGGCCGCAUGCAGGACCAGCGCUGCUCUUUACAGCCGAGCCGAAGCACACCUGCCACACCCACACACAGCCACAGCUCCCCCAAGCAAGUAGCAGCAGGUGCAGAAGCGGAGGCGUUCUUUGGCAUGGUGGCCAGCUGUCAGGCUGGCAGGCUGGAUGAACAGAGAGUCACGCUCUCCUCCCUGCCGGGGAUCAGUGGGACGUCGGCGAAGGGAAAACAUGACCGCAGUCGUGUCAAAACUGUUCAUGCACCGAUUGUAACUUUGGCUCCAAGUACACCACCGAUAUCUAAAGGGGACAUUUUCAGACUUCCUGAUGCUAAAUCGGGCUGCAACUUGACAAAGUCUGCAUCCUUCGUCCCUGAGACCGAAUAUCAGAAGGGUCUUAAUUCCACAUCUCAGAUGACCGUGAAGGUGUUGAUGAGUUUCACCCCACAGAUGGGCCAUAAGAACUUGAACCAGCAAUGCACCUUCCCAGAGGUCUACCUCACUCUUGGAGCUCCAGGAGAUAAUAUAGUCAUUCCUCUCAGCCCAAAACCCGGACGACCCCUGUCUUUGAACCUAAACCUUGUCCCGAAAGAAGACAUCAAGUCCACACACUCCUCGCCUAGGAAACCCGGCUCGAGACUGUCGUCUCCCCAGCCCAGAACGCCUCAUAACCCCCAUUCUGGUAAUUCAGACUCUCUGGAACAGGGCCCGAUCAGUCCACAGGAAGACUGCUUCUCUCUGAUUGAAAAGGUCCACACGGCACAUCUUCAAAUGGGAACCACUCAAGGGGUCCACAAAUGCAACGGGGAUCCGGUCAAACAGAAGGGAAAUGGAAAAGCAGGUGGUAACAAAGCUAGGGAUGGGAGAAAUAAACACUAAAUGUUUUAUUUCUCAUUGUCAUUGACCCUAAACAGUAAAUGAUAGAAAUCUAACAAACCUAUUGUUGGACAACGGCAAUGAAUUUACCUUUUAGUUUUACAAACCUAUCGAGUUCAAAGUCAUUUUGUUUUUUUGUUAAAGGCCUACUGAAAGUCACUACUAGCGACCACGCAGUCUGAUAGUUUUUAUAUCAAUGAUGAAAUAUUAACAUUGCAACACAUGCCAAUACGGCCUUUUUAGUUUACUAAAUUGCAAUUUUAAAUUUCGCGCGAGGUAUCCUGUUGAAAACGUCGCGGAAUGAUUAGAUUAGGUUAGAUUAGAUAGUACUUUAUUUAUUCCGUCAGGAGAGUUCCUUCAGGAAAAUUACAAUUUUCAGCACAAUCCCGUUCAAAAUCAGACAAACAUUACAGGGAGACAGAACAGGAUCGCUGCCGGGUCUGCCGGCUUCCAGCGCCCCUUACAAAAAAAGAUGACAUACAGGUAAACAGGGGGGAAGAAAAGAAUAGAAGAUUAAAAUAAAAUAAAAAAUGAAAAAAAUAAAGUAGUAAAGCUUCAACAUCAUAUUUCGGGAAUGCAAUCAAUGAAACAUUGGCUGUGUUUGUGUUGCUAAAGGCGGCCGCAAUACACCGCUUCCCACUUACAGCUUUCUUCUUUGAUGUCUCCAUUAUUCAUUGAACAAAUUGCAAAAGAUUCAGCAACACAUAGUCCAUAAUACUGUGGAAUUAGAAAGUGGAAAGUUAGAGUGUAGCACAAAAAAAAAAAGGCGACGACUCCAGGCGGCGACAGUGUGGGGGGGGGGAGGAGAAAAAAAUAAAUAAAUAAAAAUAGAAGAUUAAAAUAAAAUAAAAAAAUAAAAAAUCGGUCUUAGCCUAGGCCCUGGAGUGGGGGUGCAGACUGAGGCCAAGGGAAAAGAACAACUCAUAGCCAUAGUACACAUCCCUCUUCCAUGUGUGUAAGAGGGAAACAUCAAACAUCAAAGAACACAGAGGACAUUAAAGACAUUAAAGCGGCAGAUACAACCAGACACUUCUACAUACAGCUAUGAAUAAAAAGUAAAAUAAACAUAUCCACUGUGGUGGCCUCUGCGGUGUGUUCCACGCCAUCGUCCGCUGGGGAGGAGGGAGCAUGGCCAGAGACAGGAGCAGACCCAACAAAGCAACCAAGACAGCCGACUCCACUCUCGGCCAGUGUCCAGUCCGCAUGGAUGAGCGAGGAUACGUCCAAGGUGACUGAGGUGUCCGACACCUGCUCACCCAGUCAAGACACGUAUGUUGACGCCUGCUUGUGACGUUAUUGGUUGGAGCCAACAUUUCAGCUAAAAGUAGUCUCUUUUCAUCGCAUAAUUACACAGUAUUUUGGACAACUGUGUUGCUGAAUCUUUUCCAAUUUGUUCAAUUAAUAAUGAAAACUGUAUAGAAGAAUGCUGUUGGUGAAAAGUGGCGGUUUGCAUCUGCCGUUAGUAAAAGAAACACAGCCGGUGUUUCUUUGUUUGUUGUGAAGCUUUAACACAGAGCGGUCAAGCGAACAUGUUUCUCUACGUCAACCAGCAAGUUUUUGGAUGGGAAAAUUGUGAUAUUAAGUCGACUUGAGUGGAUUAUGCGACCUCCUCCUGCAGCUCAAAAAGGCAACUGUGCUCUUGACUCCUCGGCUUCUCUCAGAGACACUGGCGUUCACCGCAGCCAUCCGACUUUCAGGUAUGACUUUACAAUCUCACUAAAACACUAUUAACACAAUACUCAGAUAAGGGUUUUACCAGAAUUAUCCUAGUAAAUGAGUCUAAUUACAUCUGAAUUGCUCACACUGCCGCCGCCUAGUAGUGCGUCACUCUAACUUUCCUCAUCCACAAAUCUUUUAUCCUUGCUCAAAUUAAUGGGGAAAUCGUCGCUUUCUCGGUCCGAUUGGCUCUUGCUGCUGGAGGCUAUGAUUAUAAACAAUGUGAGGAUGUUAGGAGCCCUACAACCUGUGACGUCACGCGCACAUCGGUUUCUAUACCGGUAAAGGCAAGGCUUUUUUAUUAGCGACCAAAAGUUGCAAACUGUCGAUGUUCUCCACUAAAUUCUUUCAGCAAAAAUAUGGCAAUAUCGCAAAAUGAUCAAGUAUGACACAUAGAAUGGACCUGCUAUCCCCGUUUAAAUAACAAAAUCUCAUUUCAGUAGGCCUUUAAAUACCCAUUACAGCCUAUGACAGGGGUCCCCAAACUUUUUGACUUGGGGGUCGCAUUGGUUUAAAAACAUUUGGUUGGGGGCCGGGCUGUGUCGGGCCAUAGUUUGGGUACCCCUGCUCUAUGCAUUCUGCAUUAUUGAGGAUGGUGAUGAUGAGGAAUACAGGGCACUGGUGGAGGACUUUGUCACAUGGUGUGGAAAGAACCACUUCCAGCUUAAUGUGACGAAGACCAAGGAGCUGGUUGUGGACCUGGGAAGGAGGAGGAGUACUCCGGCGACCCCUGUUUCCAUCAGGGGGGUCGAUGUGGACAUGGUUGAGGAUUAUAAAUACCUCGGUGUUCACAUGGACAACAAGCUGAAUGGGUCAAAACACGCUGAGACCCUCUACAAGAAGGGACCUUCAGGAGGCUAGGAUCCUUCAACGUCUGUACAAAGAUGUUGAAGAUGUUCUACGAGUUGGUGGUGGCGGGCGCCUUUUUGUACGCCGUGGCUUGCUGUGGCAGUGGGCUCAGAUUGAGGGACACAAACAGACUGGACAAGCUGGUAGAGAAGGCCAGUAACCUGGUGGGUGUGGAGCUAGACUCUCUGGCGGUGGUGUGAGAGAGGAGAAGUCUAGCAAAACUCCUAGCCAUUAUGGACAGCACCUCCCACCCACUACACUCGGAGGAGUACUCUGGCGACCCCUGUUUCCAUCAGGGCGGUCGAUGUGGACAUUGUUGAGGAUGAUAAAUACCUCGGUGUUCACAUGGACAACAAGCUGAAUGGGUCAAACACGCUGAGACCCUCUACAAGAAGGGACCUUCAGGAGGCUAGGAUCCUUCAACGUCUAUACAAAGAUGUUGUACGAGUCGGUGGUGGCGAGCGCCUUCUUGUACGCCGUAGCUUGCUGUGGCAGUGGUCUCAGAGUGAGGGACACAAACAGACUGGACAAGCUGGAAGUGAAGGCCAGUAACCUGGUGGGAGUGGAGCUAGACUCUGGCGGUGGUGUCAGGAGGCUAGGAUCCUUCAACGUCUGUACAAAGAUGUUCUACGAGUCAGUGGUGGCGAGCGCCUUCUUGUACGCCGUAGCUUGCUGGGACAGUGGGCUCAGAUUGAGGGACACAAACAGACUGGACAAGCUGGUAGAGAAGGCCAGUAACCUGGUGGGAGUGGAGCUAGACUCUCUGGCGGUGGUGUCAGAGAGGAGAAGUCUAGCAAAACUCCUAGCCAUUAUGGACAACACCUCCCACCCACUACACUCGGAGGAGUACUCUGGCGACCCCUAUUUCCAUCAGGGCGGUCGAUGUGGACAUGGUUGAGGAUGAUAAAUACCUCGGUGUUCACAUGGACAAGAAGCUGAAUGGGUCAAACAGGCUGAGACCCUCUACAAGAAGGGACCUUCAAGAGGCUAGGAUCCUUCAACGUCUAUACAAAGAUGUUGUAUGAGUCGGUGGUGGCGAGCGCCUUCUUGUACGCCGUAGCUUGCUGGGACAGUGGGCUCAGAGUGAGGGACACAAACAGACUGGACAAGCUGGUAGAGAAGGCCAGUAACCUGGUGGGAGUGGAGCUAGACUCUCUGGCGGUGGUGUCAGAGAGGAGAAGUCUAGCAAAAUUCCUCGCCACUACACUCAGACCUUGCGGAGAGAAUGAGCACGUUCAGUGGAAGGCUCAGACUCGCAAAAUGCAACACGGAACGACAGAUCCUUUCUACCAUCAGACUGUAUAAUGCAUAUGUUCCUUGACUGCACUUAAAUGUAGAAUAUAUUUAUAUUAUUCAUGUAUUAUACAUUAUAUAUAUAAUAUAUGUUGUAUAUUAUUUAUUAUUGUCUAUUGUGAGCGAACUGUGGUGCUGAAUUUCCCCCAGGGAUCAAUAAAGUACUUUCUCUUCUA